AUGGCAGCCGAUAUGAGCGGCGAGCAGAUGCAGGCCAAGAUCACCGCGGCCCGGCGCGAAGCUGAAGGCUUGAAGGAUAGGAUCAAGCGCAGAAAGGAUGAGCUGGCCGAUACCACUCUCCGUCAAGUCGCGCAAAACCAAACCGACACUUUACCUCGCAUCGGAAUGAAGCCCCGUCGGACGCUCAAGGGCCAUCUCGCCAAGAUCUACGCUAUGCACUGGUCGACCGACCGACGCCAUCUCGUCUCUGCUUCGCAAGAUGGAAAGCUCAUCAUUUGGGAUGCCUACACUACGAACAAAGUCCAUGCAAUCCCGUUGAGGUCAUCGUGGGUCAUGACCUGCGCCUAUGCCCCGAGUGGAAACUACGUUGCGUGUGGUGGUCUAGACAACAUCUGCUCAAUUUACAACCUUUCUUCCCGCGAAGGUCCCACCCGUGUUGCGCGCGAGCUGUCCGGACAUUCGGGAUACCUUUCUUGCUGCCGCUUCAUCAACGAUCGUCGUAUUAUCACCUCGUCCGGAGACAUGACUUGCAUGCUGUGGGAUAUUGAAUCGGGUUCGAAAGUGACUGAAUUCGCCGACCACCUGGGCGACGUGAUGUCGAUCAGCAUUAACCCUACCAACCAGAACAUCUUCGUCUCAGGCGCCUGCGAUGCCUUCGCGAAGCUCUGGGAUAUUCGUACCGGAAAGGCCGUUCAGACUUUCGCUGGACACGAAUCAGACAUCAAUGCUAUCCAAUUCUUCCCCGACGGAAAUGCAUUUGGCACGGGCUCCGAUGAUACUUCCUGCCGUCUCUUCGACAUUCGCGCGGAUCGUGAACUCAACAUUUACCAGAGCGACCAAAUAUUGUGUGGCAUCACGUCCGUUGCCUUCUCCGUCUCUGGAAGAUUACUCUUCGCUGGUUAUGACGAUUUUGAGUGCAAGGUGUGGGAUGUUCUCCGGGGCGACAAGGUUGGCUCUCUUAGCGGUCACGAGAACCGGGUCAGUUGUCUUGGAGUCAGCAAUGACGGCAUUAGUCUGUGCACAGGCUCUUGGGAUUCUCUGCUCAAGGUCUGGGCCUGGUAG